CUCCCCUUCUUCUCCGGAGGGCACAGUCCUCAGGUCCGUGAGCGCAGGCAGCGGCCACCGUGGGUGCAUCCAGUACAGACUUUAUUGAUCUGAUCCAAGGUAUCUUGGGACUGCUGGCUGGAAUUAAGAUUCUUCAGCUUGUUGUCUCUAACCGAAGAAACAUUGAUUGGGAACUACUCAUUCAGAAAAUUAAAAGAAAGAAGCCACAACAUAUUAUUAACCCUUUGAGAAUACAACAUAACGAAUUUUGCCAUUUUACUACUUCCUUGAAUAGAAGAGGUCACAGGACGUGGAAAAAUGGCAGAUGAUCGGAAAGAUGAAGGAAAGGCGCCUCACUGGACCUCAGCUCAACUAACAGAGGCAUCUGCACACCCACAUCCACCUGAGAUUAAGGAUCAAGGCGGGGCAGGGGAAGGACUUGUCAGAAGUGCCAAUGGAUUCCCAUACAGGGAGGAUGAAGAGGGCGCCUUUGGAGAACAUGGGUCACAGAGCACCUAUUCAGAUACCAAAGAGAAUGGAAUCAACGGAGAGCUGACCUCAGCUGACAGAGAAACAGCAGAGGAGGUGUCUGCAAGGAUAGUUCAAGUAGUCACGGCUGAGGCUGUAGCGGUCCUGAAAGGUGAACAAGAGAAAGAAGCUCAACAGAAAGAUCAGCCUGCAGCUCUGCCUUUAGCAGCUGAAGAGACAGCUAAUCUGCCUCCUUCUCCACCUCCAUCACCAGCCUCAGAACAGACCAUCGCAGUGGAAGAAGGUUUACUUCCAGCCUCGAAGAUGGAGUUCCAUGAUCAACAGGACUUGACUCCCUCUCCAGCUGAGCCCUUAGACAAGAAGGACAAAGAGUCAGAGAAACAAAGUAAGCCUGGUGAAGACCUUAAACAUGCUGCCUUCGUUUCUCAGCCUGAGACAACUAAAAUUUUCCCUGACAAAAAGGACAUGCAAGGCCCAGAGGAAGAAAAAGCACCUCCCACUCUGUUUGGGCAUACUGUUGGUGCCGGGCUAGAAGACACGAAACAGAAGACAGAACCAAGCAUCGUAGUGCCUGGUAUUGGCCUCUCUGCAGAGCCCCCAGCUCCAAAAGAGCAAAAAGACUGGUUCAUCGAAAUGCCAACGGAAGCCAAAAAGGCUGAGUGGGGUUUAGCUGCUCCCAUCUCGCCUGGCCCUCUAACCCCCAUGAAGGGAAAAGAUGUCCUUGAGGAUAUCCCCAAAUGGGAGGGGAAACAGUUUGAUUCUCCCAUGCCCAGUCCCUUUCAGGCUGGCAGCUUCACUCUUCCUUUAGAUGUCAUGAAGAAUGAAAUAGUUGCAGAAGCAUCACCCUUUGCCCCUGCCCUAUUACAACCGGAUGACAAAAAAUCUCUGGAAGAAACCAGUGGCCCAGCAACUGCCAAAGAUAGUUCUAAAGCUGAAGAGCCCCAUAAGGACAAACCUGGCAAAAUGGCAGAAGCGCCAGCCCUAGAGGCAUUCACCUUACCCAAAGAUGCCCACAUUCCGACCGUGGAGGAAUGUGUCCCAGAGAAAGUUUUAGGAGAGGAGAAAGGGGCAAUAAAGCAAGAGAGUGCACAGAAAAAAGAGCAGGAAGUGACACUUACUGAAAAGGAAUCUCUGCUAAAGCUUGAAGAAAAGACAACCAUUUCUGACAAAGAAGCCGUGCCAAAAGAGAGUGAGCCCCUGAAGCUGACAGAUGGAGAAACAGGCAUAAUUCAGCCCUGCAUGGAGCAUACCCUCUCAAAAGAAGAGCAGAAAGUCCAAGAGCCAACCACAGAGCCAUUAAAACAGGACUCAUUCCCUGUCAGUUUGGAGCAAGCAGUGACAGACUCAGCCGUGACCUCUAAGACACUGGAGAAAGUCAUGACCGAACCAGUGGCAGUAAGUGAAAAGAGUGCAGCCCAGGACCUUUUUGAAGAAAAAGUUGCAGACAAAGAUAUUAAGAUGGAAGGGGUUGGGCCUGCAACAUCAGUGGAGCUUGACAUGCCGUUUUAUGAAGAUAAGUCAGGAAUGUCCAAGUAUUUUGAAACAUCCGCCUUGAAAGAAGAAGUGACCAAAAGCAUCCAGCCAGGCAGUGAUUACUAUGAACUCAGUGACACCAGAGAAAGUGUCCAAGAGUCUUUUGAUACCCUAUCUCCCGUGUGUAAAAACGGAGACAAGGGACUUGAGGCAGGUAAAGAACCCCAGCCCAGUGCUCCAGCACAAGAAACAGGGUACAGCACUCUUGCACAGAGUUAUCCGUCUGAUUUACCUGAAGAACCUAGUUCUCCUCAAGAAAGAAUGUUUACUAUUGACCCAAAAGUGUAUGGGGAGAAGCGGGAUCUCCACAGUAAGAAUAAGGAUGACUUGACGCUAAGCAGGAGUUUAGGACUUGGUGGGAGGUCUGCAAUAGAACAGCGAAGCAUGUCAAUCAAUUUGCCCAUGUCUUGCCUGGAUUCCAUAGCCCUUGGAUUUAACUUUGGUCGGGGACAUGAUCUCUCUCCUCUGGCUUCUGAUAUUCUAACCAACACUAGUGGAAGUAUGGAUGAAGGGGAUGAUUACCUUCCAGCCACAACACCUGCACUGGAGAAAGCCCCCUGUUUCCCAGUAGAAAGCAAAGAGGAAGACCAGACAGAGGGAGGAAAAGCUGCUGGAGAGGAAAGUACUCAAGUCGAGACCUCGUGUGAGUCACCUUUCUUAGCCAAAGAUUACUACAAAAAUGGUACUGUCAUGGCCCCGGACCUGCCCGAAAUGCUAGAUCUGGCAGGCACAAGGUCAAGAUUAGCUUCCGUGGGUGCAGAUGCUGAGGUUGCCAGGAGGAAGUCAGUCCCAUCAGAGACUGUGGUCGAGGAGAGUAGUACCGGCUUGCCCCCUGUCACCGAUGAAAACCACGUCAUUGUUAAAACAGACAGUCAGCUUGAGGACCUGGGUUACUGUGUGUUCAAUAAAUACACAGUCCCACUCCCAUCACCCGUUCAAGACAGUGAGAAUUUGUCAGGGGAGAGUGGUUCCUUUUAUGAAGGCACGGAAGAUAAAAUGCGAAGAGAUCUAGCCACAGACCUGUCCUUGAUUGAAGUAAAAUUGGCAGCUGCCGGAAGAGUCAAAGAUGAGUUCGGUGCUGAGAAAGAAGUACCCCCGCAUAUCUCUGGUGACAAAUCGGGACUGGGUAGGGAGUUUGAUCAGGAGAGGAAAGCUAAUGAUAAGCUGGAUACUGUUCUGGAAAAGAGUGAAGAACAUGCUGAUGCAAAAGAACACGCCAAGGCAACAGAAGAGGCCAGUGAUGAAGUUGAAACAUUUGGCUUAGGAGUAACCUACGAGCACACUCCCACCAAAGAACUGACCGUUUCAAAAGACGCAUCACCUCCCGCAGCCGAGAAAGCUGAGAAAGGUCUUAGUUCAGUGCCAGAAGUAGCUGAGGUCGAACCAUCCAAAAAAGCUGAACCAGAACUGGAUUUUGUUGCAAUGAAAGCUGACCAGGGUCAAUUAGAUGUGAAAAUCAGUGACUUUGGACAGAUGGCCUCAGGGCUGGCGGUAGACGCUGGAAAGGCAACAGAGCUUAAGCUCGAGGCGACACAAGAUCUCCCCCCCUCAUCUGGAGCACCUCAGGAGGAAGAUGCGUUUAUGAGUGUUGAGGCUGGCCACAUGAAAGAAGGCACUAAAGUCAGUGAGACAGAAAUCAAGGAGAAGGUAGCCAAGCCUGACUUGGUGCACCAGGAGGCUGUAGACAAGGAAGAGUCCUACGAGUCCAGUGGUGAGCAUGAGAGCCUCACCAUGGAGUCCUUGAAAGCUGAUGAGGGCAAGAAGGAAACAUCCCCAGAAUCCUCUCUAAUUCAAGACGAGAUUGCCAUCAAAUUGUCAGUGGAGAUACCGUGUGCACCUGCUGUCUCAGAGGCUGAUUUAGUCCCAGAUGAGAGAGCUGAUGUCCAGAUGGAAUUUAUUCAGCAGCCGAAAGAAGAAAGCAAAGAAACCCCAGAUAUCUCUGUCACGCCCUCCGACGUCGCAGAGCCAUUGCCUGAAACCACCAGGGCUGAACCGGCAGAGGCUCAGAGUGAGGAAGAAGAGAUAGAAGCCCGGGGAGAAUAUGAUAAACUGCUCUUCCGCUCCGACACCCUUCAGAUUACUGACCUGGGCGUCCCAGGUGUCAGGGAGGAAUUUGUGGAGACCUGCCCUGGUGAGCACAAAGGAGUGAUCGAGUCCGUUGUGACCAUCGAGGAUGACUUUAUCACUGUGGUGCAAACCACAACGGAUGAAGGGGAGUCAGGUUCCCACAGCGUGCGUUUUGCAGCCCUGGAGCAGCCUGAGGUGGAGAGGAGACCGUCCCCCCACGCUGAAGAAGAGCUCGAAGUAGAAGAGGCAGCCGAAGCCCAGGCGGAACCCAAGGAUGGCUCCCCGGAGGCUCCCGCUUCCCCUGAGAGAGAAGAGGUUGCACUCUCAGAAUAUAAGACAGAAACCUAUGACGAUUAUAAAGACGAGACCACCAUUGAUGACUCCAUCAUGGAUGCUGACAGCCUCUGGGUGGACACUCAAGAUGAUGAUAGGAGCAUCAUGACAGAACAGUUAGAAACUAUUCCUAAAGAGGAGAAAGCUGAAAAGGAAGCUCGGAGACCAUCUCUUGAGAAACAUAGAAAAGAAAAGCCUUUUAAAACCGGGAGAGGCAGAAUUUCCACUCCUGAAAGAAAAAUAGCUAAAAAGGAACCUAGCACAGUCUCCAGAGAUGAAGUGAGAAGGAAAAAAGCAGUUUAUAAGAAGGCUGAACUUGCUAAAAAAACAGAGGUUCAGGCCCACUCUCCCUCCAGGAAAUUCAUUUUAAAACCUGCUAUCAAAUAUACUAGACCAACUCAUCUCUCCUGUGUUAAGCGGAAAACCACAGCAACAGGUGGUGAAUCAACUCAGGCUUCCAGUGUAUUUAAACAGGCAAAGGACAAAGUCUCUGAUGGAGUAACCAAGAGCCCAGAAAAGCGCUCUUCUCUGCCCCGACCCUCCUCCAUUCUCCCUCCUCGUCGAGGUGUAUCAGGAGACAGAGAUGAGAAUUCCUUCUCUCUCAACAGUUCCAUCUCCUCUUCAGCACGGCGGACUACCAGGUCAGAGCCAAUUCGUAGAGCAGGAAAGAGUGGCACUUCCACACCCACUACCCCUGGAUCAACCGCCAUCACUCCUGGCACCCCACCAAGCUACUCCUCACGCACCCCAGGCACUCCUGGAACCCCGAGCUAUCCCAGGACCCCUCACACACCAGGAACCCCCAAAUCGGCCAUCUUGGUGCCCAGCGAGAAGAAAGUUGCCAUCAUACGUACGCCUCCAAAAUCUCCCGCUACUCCCAAGCAACUUCGGCUUAUUAACCAACCACUGCCAGACCUGAAGAAUGUCAAAUCCAAAAUCGGAUCGACAGACAACAUCAAAUACCAGCCUAAAGGGGGGCAGGUACAGAUUGUUACCAAGAAGAUAGACCUAAGCCAUGUGACAUCCAAAUGUGGCUCUCUGAAGAACAUCCGCCACAGGCCAGGCGGUGGGCGUGUGAAAAUUGAGAGUGUAAAACUGGAUUUCAAAGAAAAGGCCCAAGCUAAAGUCGGCUCACUUGACAAUGCUCACCACGUACCUGGAGGUGGUAACGUUAAGAUCGACAGCCAGAAGUUGAACUUCAGAGAGCAUGCAAAGGCCCGUGUGGACCACGGAGCUGAGAUCAUUACGCAAUCCCCAGGCAGAUCCAGCGUGGCGUCCCCCCGACGACUCAGCAAUGUCUCCUCUUCUGGAAGCAUCAACCUGCUCGAAUCCCCUCAGCUUGCCACUUUGGCCGAGGAUGUCACUGCGGCACUCGCUAAGCAGGGCUUGUGAAUAUUUCUCAUUUAGCAUUGAAGUAAUAAUAUUUAGGCAUGAGCUCUUGGCAGGAGUGGGCUCUGAGCAGGUGUUACAUUCAUUCUUUACAAACCAUAAAAUAAAUAAUCUCAUUCCCAAACUGUAGUUAUUGUUACAAUUUUAUAAAAAACAAUGAAUAGUAUAUGCAGAAAUUGACUUGAUUUCCAUUUGCAACAGGAAGACACUGGCUUUACAUGAGUACAAUUGGACAAUUAUUUUUGCUCUGCUCUGUUUUGCAUGGAGUAUUAUUAUUUUAAAAAUUGCAUUUUUACCUUUCAUGUGCCUGAAGGCUAUCCAUACAUUCUGAAAGGCCUUGUUGAAAUCCAAGCUGCUCAUUCCACUCUUCUGUUGCUGGGUGAAAAGAUAAAAGCUGCCCAUUUUAACUUAUUACAGGUUAAAUUAAAUCAAGGAGUCUGAUUGCAGGAAGGAAAGAGCAUGUAAGAAAUAAGGUUUUUUUUUUAAAGUGUUAUUUUGUAUAAAUGGGAAGAAAGAUUCAGUUAAGUUAUUAACAUUUGGGACCUGGAUAAUUAUAUCAGAGUAUAAGUCAAUCCAAUAAAUUAUUUAACUAAUUAAAAAUAGUUACGAAGCAUUUGAGCUGUGGUUGAGGAAGCGAUAUAAAAGUGCAUCUCUUAGGAAUGAAGCACUUUCAUUAGGAUGGACUCGUCUGAUUAGAAUGUCAGUUGAUCAGCUAGAUUUGUGUCCACACUACCAGUUUCACACUCCCUUUCCAUCUGUUUGAUACAGUAUUAUAGAUAUAAAUAUAUAUAUAUUUCUCUGUGGCCAUUUGUGAUACUUCCUCAUAUACUUGAAUAUUAUACUUCCUUAUUCACAGUAUCUGUGUCUCCUGCACCCUUUGGUGUUGCAAUUUUAGGUAUGUGAAAGUAGAUGUUAGCAGGGUUCUUUCCCUAUUUAAAAAAAAUACAUUAAAAAAGAACAAAAAGUUUUAGCAUGAAGUUGCUUCCUGUAACAACUCAGAGCUGUAACCCUGUUUUAGUGCCAGAUACAAGUCUCUCCCGUGAUGCUAGGAAAAUUUAUUUUUCUUUGCUUUCACCAACAUGGAGUUUGUGGGGGUGGGUCCAGUUAUACAUUAAAAGGGUUUACAGAUUGUUGGUUUAAGAUUUUGGAUUCAUCUCAUUUUGAAUUAUGGAAUAGUUUGGGUUUUAUUCCUGUAAUCAUUCAAGAAACAGACUUCUUAAGAUUCCUUUUUUUUUUUUUCCCUUUGCUAAAGUUGAAACUAACAGAGGGAGUUUGGGACAUGUUGCCCCGCUCUUCCAGACAUUGCCUGCUAAUUGAAUUAUCUGAGAGAAAAUAUUUGGCUUCCUUACCCACAGUAAAGACCCUGAUCAAAAAGGACAAGUACACUCAUUUGAGAAGUUAUAGCCACACAACACUUGAGAUACAGAUAUCUAAAUCAGUUUUUCCAGGAUUCCAACAUUGCCCUCUGUGAAGGGACACUUUAUGACUUAGUAAUACUGGUGUGACUUAAUCUACAGUCUGGGAAAUCACCAAUUAAUUCCUCUCACAAAUCAUUCAUCUUAGACUUGUGAAAAGCAAUUAAAUAGUCAAUGGCCUGAAUAAGCAGUCAGUUACCAGUCUGGGUGAGUAUUUUUAGUAUUUUAUCUGUUCUUUUUCUUGCUCGGGGCUGGUAGGUUGGUUCUGAACCAUUAAAAGCAAAUAGUCUGAUAGGUGUCUGAUCCCCGUGAGUCGAAUCAAUUCCUGACUAUAUAGGAGGAAGUGAUGAGCAUGGAUGAGGCAACGAGGAAGUAUCUAGGAAACGAGUAGCAUCUAGGAAAGCAGCCAAGGGAUGCAAAGACAGAGACACGGGUGCCAUUUUGUGACCCACUGGAUAUUGCAACCAAUGUGACUUCCACCAAAAAAAACACAAAAAAACAAAAAACAAAAACUGUAGGAGCAAAAACAUAGCACUCAUUCUCAACUAAUAGGUUUUGCAUAGGCAAACAUGUCUGAAAGUGUUGAUAAAUCAAUCCUUUUACACAACAGUCAAAAAAUUAGAAACUGUGGGAGUAUGACUAUGGAUGUGUCUAUUUUCUGCCUAAUAAUUGCUAUAAUGUGGAUUUGACCUAUCUGAGCAUUUUAUUCAUCAGCUUCCCUUGAAAUGCACUAGAAAAUCGCAGAAGAAAGAGUAGUUGUGUGGAGACCUAUGGUAUUUUCCUACAUGUUUGAUAGUGUUAGGUAGUGAUGAAAGCUCUCUAGAAAGAAGGAGUUAACAGCUGGUUAGAACAGUUUUAACCUACAAAAUAAGUAUUUUCUACCAACUUGGUUUACAUUUUUUAUACAAGGUAAGAAUAAGUAAUUAUGCUUUACAUAUUAAAAUUCUGUUUCUUACAAAUACAUGCCCAAGAUACAGAUUAUAUAAAGCCCUAAGAUACUAGAUUUGGCAUUAAAACAAAUGUUUAUUUCAAAUCUCUGCAAAAUUAUAAUGAAUAAAUGCCCUUCCUUUGUACGGAAAUAUGAUUCUUUAUAAUGUUAACAAAAAGAAACUGAUAAUUUGUACCAAUAGAAGAGAGAAAUACACAGGCUAAAUGUCUUCUUAUGGGGACAGGGGUUGGAACCUAUCUUGCCUUCACUCUCAAGAUUAACGACGCAAAUUAAGCUUUUUGAACACCACUCUUGUGGGGGUACCCAUACGCUGAUCUAGAAAUUAAAGCUUCAUAGUUCCAAUUCUAGAUCUAUUACUGCCAGUUUCUCUCUGGCUUUAGCCUUUGAGAACCUGUUUAAGGAUACAUAAGUAAUCCAGAGCUGUGAAGAGUUAAAAGGCCAGCUUCUUCAAUGAACUCACUCUCUCUGGGUCACCUGCAACCAAUAAUUGGGUACUUUAUAAUGACGCAGGAAAGAUCCGAGUGGUUGAUGAGUUUCAAAGGCCCUGUUCAUUUAGGAACCAACUCUCUCUGGAUUCUCCUGCUGAGUUCCAGCAGGGUGAUAGGCUGAAAUCCCACCCACAAGCAAGACACCUGUGUAACACCAACUCGGCAUGGCUGAAGAAAGCUGAAGAGAGAACCUCAUUAAAUGGAAGAAUCUGCUGGUGAUAGCUGACCUCCACACAUUCAUACAGUAAGACAGCAGGAAAUAGGAUCAUCAGCCAAAUUAUAACAUCCAUGUCAAUAUUGUUAAAGAAAUAAUCUCAAAGCGGUUGAUUCCGACCUUGCUACAAUUACACUUUUUGUCCGAUUUUUCAUGCCACAAAAAUGAGGAAAAUAAACCAUUCAUGGUCUAAGUAGCCAAGAGGAAAAAAAAUAGAUUCGUGGCUUGGAAAGGCAAAGUCUAGGCAUUCCUUCCAAAACUGAUGUGUUAAAAUCAGCACUGAUGUUUGUUUUUUUACACCUAGGAUUUUUAGCCUGAGUGUGUAGGUUGAGGCCAAGUCCCUCUGCAGGAAAGAGCUUAUUUUUAAACUCACAAAAUGUCAAUCAUGAAAAUCUACUUCAACUUUAGCAAAAAGAAAAAAAAUCAACAAAAAGUAUACUCUGUAUGCUGGGAUUCCAAGGUUCCAACGUGCCGCUACAAAUCUCUAGGGGGUUUCUUUCUUCUGAUAAUUCUAGAGCCUGUUAUCAUAGAAAGGCAUUUCUUCAAUGGCUGGUUGUAGUUAGUUCAUGUUUUUCAAUCAAAAUUUGCAAAUGUAUUUGUUGCUGUAUAGUGAUUGUUUUGCAAAAUAAAAUUGCUUGUCACCUAA